GCGGGUCUUGCGGCCUGGACCGCCCGAGGCGCCAUGGGCGAGCUCCCGUUCUUCAGGGCGCACACUGCCUUUCACCCGGACCGCUUGUGGAUCUGGGAAAGGGCCGUGUAUGUGGACGAGAACCAGCGCACUUGGCUGCCCAUAACCAUCGAGAUGGACAGCAGCCUGCAAGUACUCAUGCGUCAGGAAGAUAUCCCCCUGGGGGAGCCGGUGCGCCCCAGCCAGCUCGGCCCGUACCUGCUGCCUCUCAUGUGGCAGCUCUACCCCGGAAGAAAAUACCGCGGCUCAGACUCCAGCUUCUGGCGCAUAGUGUACCACAUCGAGUUGAGUGGCAUAGAGGAUAUGCUCCUUGAACAGCUGCCAGACCCGGAUAAUGAGUGACGUGGUCCCACGGUUCCUGUCUCCCUGAGGCCCCAUCCUGCUGGCCUGCAGUGGGGAUGUUCGAGCUUGUGUUCACCUGUUUUACCAGCCCUGUGUUCUGCUCUGCCACACCCGGGUCUGGGAGGGAAUGGACGGGCAGAGGAUGAGCCCCACCCAGGGCCUGCUGGACCUGCCUGCACCCCUCCACCCUGGUGUCCCCUGGCAGACUGGCACUGGAGAGGACCUUGCUCGGUAUAGCUUCCUCCAGGUGCCCCGGCUAUACCUGAGCCUCGGGUUUUCUCAGUUGCCUGACAGUUCUUGGCCUCUCUCUAUUCUGUCCCUCACAGCAACUAGUGUCUUGUGCUGCUCACCCGGGGCUGCUUUUCUUCCUGUCCCUCAGCUCUGUGUACCUCUGGCUGCAAGGGAAUAGGGCCUACUCGCCUGGGCCUGGGCCAGGCCUCUGAGCCCCUGGACCAGCUAUCUCAUGUGGCACAUGCCUGCACACAGCCCCACCUGCCCAGCAGGUUCAGGUGCAGUUCACGGGAAGGCCUGCGAGGAGCCCAGGUCUUUGCUCAGGACACAGAGCCUGCUGGUUAAAGGUCCAGAGCCCGGCACAUAGCAGGAGGCCAGGCAAGCGAGCACUGGAGACGGGCCCUCAGGUUGCCCACCUGUAGAAGGACAGAGGUUGGAGGUCCUCCCUUUUACAGGUGCCCACACACCUGGAUGUUAUGAAGUUGUAUAUAGUGUGAACACUUUGUAAUGUUGAUUGAUUAAAUGUAAGACAAUUCAUCUAACUUUGUGCUGAAUCAGCUUCUAUCCUUGACCUAGAUUCUAGUGGAGAGAAACAAGAACAGGCAGUCACCAAAUAAGAAAAUUUGAAAGGCAAAGAAUACUCAUGAAAUUAGUGUAUUUCUUUUACUUUGGAGAUAAGGCUGGAUUUUUUUUUUCUUAUAAUCCAAACACUCAAAACCCCAGUGUUCUUGGAGGCAUAAUUUGAGAACCAUUGGCAUAAGUGGCCUCAAAAAGUCUUUCUCAGCGAUUCUUGGUAUCCAAGCCUCUCUCCAUCCAGCGCUGCCCUCCUCACUCCCCUGUCCCAGCCUGCCCUGUCUCCUCCCUGCCCUGGCCCUCACCAGGCGUCCUUAACAUGGAUAGUACCAAUCCCAGCGGGAGUCCCUCCUCUCUGAAAAUGUCCUGGCCACCCAAGCCCCAACCAGAGUCCGUUCCUCACCUCCCAUGACCUGCAGUCAGAGCCUGGCCCACCCGAGGCAGUGUCCCUCCUACUUCCUUCUCAAGAUGAGCUGCCCCACCUCUACCCCCUGAGCAGGUAAGCAGGACCUCAGGUAUUACAAAGGGCUGCUAUCCAGUGACAGGAAUCCAUUCUGUGUGGAAUACUGGUCCUCCCCACUAAAGUGACUUUAGUCCAUAGCUUCCGUAUCACAGAGAGAAGGGGGAUAAUGAUAUGCAUAGGUUAAGUGUUGACAAAGAGAAUUGUAUAAGAAAAAUACUACUUCUCCCAUUUCGUGUUCUCUGAUCCCAGUCUUACCCGGUGCUAGACAGAUAAGUGUCAGACACCACACCUCUCAGGGUUUGUGUUUCCAUUUUAACCCCAUCACCCCGCACAGGGCAAGAGUUUGGUCUGUGCAAACUCUUACCAGACAGACGCCCCUCUGUGGGGACAGAGCAUCAGAACAUCAGCAGGAGGGACAUCAGAGGUCUGCCAGUUGCCUCGUUUUAGGAACAGGCACAGGAAGAGGCGAGUUCUUGUAUGGGCUGGAUGUUUGUGUCCCCCCAAAAUUCUUGUGUUGAAGCCCUGACCCCUAAUAUGAUGGUCUUUGGAGGUGGGGCCUUUGGGACGUGAUUAGGGUUAGAUGAGGUCAUGAGGGUGGGGCCCUCAUGGGAUUAGUGCCCUUAUUAGAAGAGCAAGGAAGCUCAUGCACCCAAGAAGGGCCAUGUGAGGACACAGGGAGAAGGCGGCUGUCUACACGCCAGGAAGAGGGUCCUCACCAGACACCGAAUCUGCCCGCACCUUCAUCCUGGACUUCCCAGCCUCCAGAACUGUGAGAAAUAAA